AUGAUUGCAUUUGCUUUCAACAACAACAACAACAACAACAACAACAACAACAACAACAACAACAACAACAACAACAACAACAACAACAACAACAACAACAACAACAACAACAACAACAACAACAACAACAACAACAACAACAACGCCGAGGAAGGCAGCUUACAGCGAACGUUGCCGACCUCUUGCGAGGCACGGGACACCCGCUCCAGAGAGCGAUGUGUGCGUCGCGUAGACUUCGUCUCAAGCGACGGAGUCUUCGUUCCCACGGAGCCGGAGGUCGACAGGGCCCCUGUGGCCUCUGCGGUGCCCUGGCUGCUGCCGGAGCUUGAAGAGGCCGCUGGUGUGGACACUUUGAGAGAUGGCAGGGCAGCGUUGGCUGCUCCCACCGUAGGGGCGGGUGGUGUUAGCCUCGGCACGCUAGGCGUGGUCCGGGCUGCCGCCAGAGGCCGUUGUGGUGCCGGCCCCCCGUUGCACCACUUCAGCGAAAGAUGUUUUCAGUGA